AACGACGUUGGCGUCGCCGUCGUCGUCGUCGCCGUUGGUGCCGGCGUCGGCGUUGACGUUGCCGAAGAGGAGGAAAGCCGCGUUCUCCUCCUCUUCUUCUCAGAAACAAUUGCGUCAUGGCGUACGACGAAACGCCGGCGGUACAUUAUUGUCCUUCUCGUCGCCGAGGAAUCCAAGAAAGUUAAAGGGAUUUAUUACCUCGUCGGGCUCGCGUCGCUCUACGGCGAUCCUUAAUUCGAACGAGAGGAGAGAGGAGAAUACCAAUCGAGAUUUGUCCAAGGACGUCGUCUUCGACUCGUUAACAACGUCGUCAUUGCCAUCGCCAUCGCCAUCGCCAUCGCCAUCGCCAUCGUCGUCGCCAUUGUCGUCGUCGUCGUCGUCAUCGUCGUCGUCGUCCUCAUCGUCGUCGUCCUUGUCGACGAUGACGACGACGACGAUGACGACGACUACGAGGACGAGGACGACGGCCAUGACCACGACGACGACCGCAAUGAUGACCGAAACGAUGACGACGGCGAACGCACUGACGACGACUAUGAUGACUAAAACUAUGACCAAAACGAUAACCACUAAGACGAUAGUUCCUGAUACAAGUCGUCCCGAAGUAUCGAGUUUUCCUCCCUUCCUUAAGAGGAACUCUUCCUCCUUGUUUAAUACGUCUACCUCCACCUCCAACUCUCCUCCCUCUUCCACCUCCUCCGCCCCCUCCUCCUCCUCCUCUUUCUCAUCCUGUGUCGACUCAAGCGAGACGAGCAACUCGUCGCCUCUCGCUACCUUUUUGGAGUCCACCAGCACGAUAAAGAAGAAGACGACGACGAAGAAUAAGAAGAAGACGAACGAAGAGGAGGGGAGGAAGGAGAACGAAGAGAAGGAUGACGACGAUGGCGAAGACGAAGACGAAGAAUCAUCGAGCGAGAGAAGUACGAAAAAAACCGAGCGUUUACUCGGCAUCGAGAGACUGGCCAUGUAAUGGGGUGAAAAAAGAAAAAAAAGAAAGAAAAAAAUGAAAAAAAAAAAAAUGAAAAAAAAAAAGAAAAAAAACAGAAAAGAGAAAAGAA